ACGGGGGAAAAUGGCGCCGAGCUCGAACGCGGAGAGAGGCGGGAGCGGGAACCGGAACCGGCGGGAGCGGGAAAACCUCGUGAGGCAACUGCAGAGAGGAAGGCUCUAUGGGCACCUCUCCCCACGGCUCUUCCGGAAGCUGCCUCCUCGUGUCUGUGUCUCCCUCAAGAGCAUCGUGGAUGAGGAGCUGCUGCGUGUGGGCCACAUCUUCCUGGGCUUCUCCAAGUGCGGCCGCUUUGUGCUGUCCUACACCAGCAACAGCAGCGACGAUGACCUGUCCUUCUACAUCUACCACCUCUACUGGUGGGAGUUCAACGUCCACAGCAAGCUCAAGCUGGUGCGGCAGGUUCGGCUGUUCCAGGAUGAGGAGAUCUACAGUGACCUGUAUCUGACUGUGUGUGAGUGGCCGAGUGACAGUGCCAAGGUCAUCGUGUUCGGGUUCAACACGCGCUCAGCCACAGGUCUGCUCCUCAACAUGAUGAUGCUGAGUGAUGAGAACCACCGGGACAUCUACAUCAGCAUCGUGGCUACACCAGCACCGCUGCCCUGUGCCGUGUGCCGGGCCCCCGGCUCCGGUUCCCGGCAGUGCCUGUGCCAGGGCUUCAUGCUGCACACCAAGUACCAGGUUGUGUAUCCGUUCCCCACCUUCCAACCUGCGUUCCAGCUCAAGCGGGACCACGUCGUGCUCCUCAACACCAGCUACUCCCUGGUGGCCUGUGCCGUGGCCGUGCGGGAUGCGGGUGAUGCUGCCUCCUCCCAGAUCCUCUACAGUCACCGGACCCCCCCAACCCCAUCCCCAUCCCCCCCCCGUGCCCGUCUCCCACCAGAUGACCCCGAACCGGCCCCAUUACCAGUAAUGGGGGGGGGGUCCCCAGUCCCAGCCCCCCCCCCAUCACCAGCAGUGGCCAAAGCCAAGGAGUUCGUGGCCGACCUCUUCCGCCGGGCUCAGGGGGGGGGUGAGGAUGAGGAGGAGGGGGGGGGGCCCCCCCCGACCCCCAUCACCCCUCCCCCCCCGGGGCCGGGGGGCUGCCCCCCCCCCCCCGGCCCCCCUGAACCCGGAUACAUCAACUACACCCAACUGCGCUAUGUGCUGGAGCCUGGGGCGGCCGAGGAGGAGCUGGAGGAUGAUAAGAUGUCUCUGCCCUUCCUGGUCACUGACCUGCGCGGCCGCAGCCUCAAGCCCCUCAAGGAGCGAGCGGCAGCACCGGAUCAGUUCCUGGCUGUGGAGCAGCUGACUCUGGACUUCGAGUACGUCAUCAAUGAGGUCAUUCGCCAGGAUGCUUCCUGGGCCAGACAGUUCUGCUCCUUCAGCGACUAUGACAUCGUCAUCCUCGAGGUCUGCCCCGAGACCAACCAGGUCGUCAUCAACAUUGGGCUCCUGCUCUUGGCCUUCCCCUCCCCGGAUGAGGAGGGACAAUUGAGACCAAAGUCCUACCACACCAGCCUGAAGGUGGCCUGGGACCUCAAUACUGGUGCCUUUGUGACUGUCGGUGUUGGGGACCUCACUGAGGUCAAGGGGCAGACGAGCGGCAGCGUCUGGAGCGCGUACCGGAAGGGCUGCGUUGACACCGUCAUGCGGUGGCUGGUGCCCGAGAGCAGCGCGAGAUACGUGAACCGCAUGACCAAUGAGGCCCUGCACAAAGGUUGCUCAUUGAAGGUGCUGGCUGACAACGAGCGCUACACGUGGAUCGUGCUGUAGAGGGGGGAGGGGCCA